AUGAGCAUAAUUUUCGGUGUAACUGCUCUAACAGAACCACACAAUACUGACUACUUAGCACAAGUAAUUAUUAAUAUGACAGAAAAAUGGGACAUCACAAGUGACAAAGUGGUAGCGUUUAUCACGGACAAUGGCGCUAAUAUCGUUAAAGCAGUCACAAAUGUUUAUGGCAAAAAUAAACACAUGCCAUGCUUUGCUCAUACAUUAAACCUAGUAGCAUCACAACCAUUUGACAAUAAGGAUGGACUAGACGAAGCCAAGAAUUUAUUAACAGCUGUUAAAGAUAUUACUACAUAUUUUAAGCAAAAUACAAAUGCUACUGACUCUUUAAAGAAAGUUCAGGAUCACCAAACAAAGCCUUUGGGGCUUAUUCAAUCUGUGUGUACCAGAUGGAAUUCAAUUUUUUAUCAAUUAGAACGAUUUGUUGAGUUAUCCGAAAUAAUUGCGCCAAUAUUACUCAAGUAUCCUAAAGCUCCAACAAUGCUUACUGCACAGCAGUUAGAAUUCAUAAAAGAUCUUAUAAAUAUAUUGAGACCAUUAGAAGUAAUAACUAAGGAAAUAUCUGGAGAAAACCAUGUUACAGCCAGUAAAAUUAUACCAAUCGUAUCUUGUCUGACUGAAACAUAUAAUACAAUGAAAAAUUCAACCGAUAUUGGUGCUAAAACACGAACUUUAAUAGUGGACGGCCUUAAAAAAAGAUUUGGAAUGGUCGAACAAGUUUAUUUGUUAGCUGCUGCGACCAUUUUAGAUCUUAUAUUUAAAAAAAUUCAUUUUACUGACCAUGUCGCCUGUUCUCGAGCAAUAAAUAGAAUAAACACUUCAAUUUUAGAUAUUACGCGGCAACAACUUCCACAAAAUAAUAGCGAAGAAGUCGACGCCAUUGAAGAGACUGGUAAUGAUAUGAAAAAAGGAAUUUGGGAUUUUCAUAAGUUGCUUGUGAAAAAGCAACUCUCUUUAUAUACUGCACAUGCACAGGAAAGUGAAGGCUUAAAUGAAGAAUUUAAACACUAUUUAUCGCAGGCAGUUGUGCACCUAAAUUAUGAUCCUAUACUCUACUGGCAAGAACAAAAAAACUCUAUUUAUCACCAAGUUCACUCAAUAGCCGUGAAGUAUAUGAGUAUCGUAGGAUCAUCUGUUCCCUGUGAGCGCCUUUUCUCAAUUGUCGGAAACAUCGCAACAGAUUAG